GGACAGAGAACCGACACCUUCGCGGCUGAGAUAGCGCGCCUUGGAACAUCCUAGGAAAGGGUAUCCAGCUGCUGACUCCUCUGGAGCAUUGGGGAGUCCCAACCUUCCUCCCUUGAGCAUCGCUUGCGGCAAGGAGGACCCUACUUUUCCAAGCCACCAGCCCUGGAUCCAAGUUGAUUUCAGCUCCAGACUCUAGGUUUCUACUGGGCUCAGGGCUUGGUGGGCUCCCCUGGCAGCGGAGUCACAGACUUGACCCAGCAGAGCGCACCGCGCUGCCUUCUGCGCUCCCUCCAGGCUGGUGCGUUGCGCAGCGGGCAGGUUCCACUUGCAGAGACUCAGCUGCUUCCAGCUGCAACCCCCUGGAUCCCCCCUUCUUCUCUCCCACUCACCCUCCUGUCAACUCCUCCGAUCCCUUCCCCAGAUUGGCAUUCAGCAUGUCAGGCUCUGGGCGAAAAGACUUCGACGUGAAGCACAUCCUUCGACUCCGCUGGAAACUCUUCAGCCACCCGUCUCCAUCCUCCGGAGGCCCGGCGGGGGGCAGCUGUCUGCAGCAGGAUGGCAGCGGCAGUUUCGAGCAUUGGGGACCCAGCCAGAGCCGCUUGCUUAAAAUGCAAGAAAAAAGCAGCAUAGGGACUUUCUGGAAGAAGUCUUCUUCAUCUUCCUCCUCCUCCUCUUCCUCUUCUCAGUCCUCUUCUUCUUUCAACCCACUGAACGGGACCUUGCUGCCAGUAGCGACCAGGCUGCAAGGGCCACCCGGACAGGGCACUCAACAGCCUGCCAGGACUCUGUUCUACGUGGAGUCCAUCGAGGAAGAGGAGGUUCCAGGCAUGGACUUCCCUGGACCCCACCAAAAAGGGCUGGUGCUUCAGGAGCUCAAAGUGGAGACUGCCAACCCGAGCCAGGCAACAGGUGAAGGAAAUGGACACAGACUCUCAGCGACAAGCCAUUCCCUGACACCUCAAAGUGACAUGGACUCCAGCAGCUCUGAAGAAUUCUAUCAGGCUGUUCACCAUGCUGAGCAAACCUUCAGAAAAAUGGAAAGUUACUUAAAGCAACAGCAACUCUGUGACGUUAUUCUGAUUGUUGGGAACCGAAAGAUACCUGCACAUAGGCUUGUUCUCAGCUCAGUAUCUGACUAUUUUGCUGCCAUGUUUACAAGUGAUGUUUGUGAAGCCAAGCAAGAGGAGAUCAAGAUGGAAGGCAUAGACCCCAAUGCUCUCUGGGACCUUGUUCAGUUUGCAUAUACAGGCUGCUUGGAAUUAAAGGAAGAUACCAUUGAAAACCUUCUUGCUGCUGCAUGCCUUCUUCAGCUUCCUCAAGUAGUAGAAGUGUGCUGCCAUUUCCUCAUGAAGCUCUUACAUCCAUCUAACUGUUUAGGAAUCCGAGCAUUUGCAGAUGCUCAAGGAUGCAUUGAAUUAAUGAAGGUGGCCCACAGUUAUACAAUGGAGAACAUAAUGGAAGUUAUGAGAAAUCAAGAAUUUUUGCUCCUUCCUGCUGAGGAGCUUCAUAAACUCCUGGCCAGUGAUGAUGUAAAUGUUCCUGAUGAAGAAACCAUCUUCCAUGCAUUAAUGAUGUGGGUCAAAUAUGACACGCAGAGGAGAUGCAAUGACUUGAGUAUGCUUCUUGCCUUUAUAAGGCUUCCACUCCUUCCACCGCAGAUAUUGGCUGAUCUAGAAAAUCACACAUUAUUUAAGAAUGAUUUAGAAUGCCAAAAGCUGAUUCUAGAAGCAAUGAAAUAUCAUCUAUUACCAGAGAGAAGAACCUUAAUGCAAAGUCCGAGAACUAAACCUAGAAAAUCUACAGUUGGUACUCUGUAUGCUGUAGGAGGAAUGGAUAACAACAAAGGAGCAACGACCAUAGAAAAAUAUGAUCUCAGGACAAAUUUGUGGAUCCAGGCAGGAAUGAUGAAUGGCAGGAGAUUACAGUUUGGUGUGGCUGUUAUUGAUGAAAAACUCUUUGUCAUUGGAGGUAGAGAUGGCUUAAAGACUUUGAACACUGUUGAAUGUUACAAUCCUAAAACCAAGACCUGGACUGUCUUACCACCGAUGUCAACACAUAGACAUGGUUUAGGAGUGACAGUACUUGAAGGACCUAUUUAUGCUGUGGGAGGCCAUGAUGGGUGGAGUUAUUUGAAUACAGUGGAGAGGUGGGAUCCCCAGAGUCAGCAAUGGACAUUUGUGGCCAGUAUGUCUAUUGCCCGAAGCACAGUUGGUGUAGCAGCAUUGAAUGGCAAGCUGUAUUCAGUUGGAGGUCGUGAUGGAAGUUCCUGUUUGAGUUCAAUGGAAUAUUAUGACCCUCACACAAAUAAGUGGAACAUGUGUGCCCCCAUGUGUAAGAGGAGAGGAGGUGUUGGUGUGGCCACAUGUGAUGGUUUUCUUUAUGCAGUAGGAGGUCAUGAUGCUCCUGCUUCAAAUCAUUGUUCAAGGCUGCUGGAUUAUGUAGAAAGAUAUGAUCCUAAGACGGACACAUGGACCAUGGUGGCUCCUUUAAGUAUGCCCAGAGAUGCUGUUGGAGUCUGCCUUCUUGGAGAUAGAUUAUAUGCAGUUGGUGGCUAUGAUGGACAAACAUACCUCAAUACUAUGGAAUCCUAUGACCCACAAACUAAUGAGUGGACUCAGAUGGCCUCCUUGAAUAUUGGACGAGCAGGUGCCUGUGUGGUAGUCAUCAAGCAACCUUGAUUUAUUUUGAUUUAGAA